GUAGCGGGAGAGCGGAAGGCGGAGAUCGAGGAGCUCCUGCGCGGCACCGCCGGGUUCCGCCUGCCGAAGCAGCAGAAGCCGCCGGAGGAGGAGGCCAACCACCAGCCGGACAACCACCGGCCCAAGAGGGCGCCGCUGGCCCGGCGCUGGCGGAAGAACCUCCUGAAGAAGAAGUCGAGCGAGGACGACGAGGUGUCCGCCACCAGCUCGUCCGCCUCCUCCACCAACUCGUCCACCAGGUCGAGCAGCAGCAUCUCGCCCUCGCAGCCGCACGCCGCGCCCCGGGAGGAGCUCUGCGCCAAUGGCCACCUCAACCUCGCCCUCGAGGACUCCGAGGCGGGCCUGGCCAAGGACGGCCUCAGCGCCGAGGACACCGCCGACAUGUCGCUCCUGCAGAAGCUGGCGCUGAAUGCCCUCAACCUGACGGCGCCAGCGUCCUCGGUCCUCCUCAACAACCGGCGCAACAGCUGGGUGCAGCUGUCAGGUCACCCGGGAUCUCUGGCUCCAGCUGGCCCGGGAACCAUCUGGAAGAAGCGCGGCCCCGAGCCCGUGGAGACGCUCGCCUACCAGGCCUUCUCGCAGGACCCGGCCAGGGAGCUCGCGCCCACCUUCUUCCGGGAGGUCGUCUACCAAGAUGAAUAUUUUAUUGAGAUGCAAGACCUAUUAUAUAACUUUCACAACCCAUCUGUGAUGGACAUCAAGAUGGGAACUCGCACCUUCCUAGAGUCAGAAGUGACCAACACCAAGGCUCGCCACGACCUUUAUGAGAAGAUGAUUAAAGUGGAUCCUACAGCACCAACCCCAGAGGAGCAUGAAGCAAAAGCAGUAACUAAAUUGCGAUACAUGGACUUCCGUGAUAACAUGAGUUCUUCACGCUCCCUUGGAUUCCGGAUAGAAGCUUUGAAGAUGACUGGUAGUGAUGCUGUAACGGAACUUAAGACAGUCCGCAGUCGUGAAGAAGUUGUUGGUACCAUGAGUGGGUUUCUUAAAGGGCGAGAAAGCACCAAACGUCAGGUUUUGUCACGUCUUAAUCAUCUUAGGAAUACAUUCGCUAAAUCGCCAUAUUUCCAAAAGCAUGAGGUGAUUGGAAGCAGCAUAUUGAUUAUCUACGAUGAUGAAAAGGCAGGUGUGUGGAUGAUAGACUUUGCCAAAACGGUACCCGUUCCAGAGGGGGUCAGCAUUACCCACAGAGAACCGUGGGUCCUAGGCAACCAUGAGGAAUAA